UACAUAAACUUUCGAUCAGUCUUCCACGGUAUAAAUUUACCCACGAAAUUUCGAGUGUUUUGAUAUAAACUGACAGUUUUAUUUCUUUGUGUUGCUCAUCAGUAUUUUUGUUAGUUAAUGGAUAAUAGUUUUGGCUUGAAUAUUGUACUUCACAAGAGAUAUAUCUAGGUCAUACUUUCUCAACUGUUGUGUUAGCAAGACUACUUGAGGGCUGCUGCAGUAACCUGUUACGUUGAGACUCACUCAUAUCUGAAGAACGCAAUGCUGUCUUCUGACUCAGAGAGCGAGCUCGAGCCACCCAGUAAGAAACAAAAGAUAGAAAUGAAUGGACGGCAAAAACUUGAAACACCUAAGCGAACUGUCAGAAAGGGUAGGCCAGCCAAGCAGAGAAACCAAGAAAAUUGCGAAGUAAAGAUAGAACCAUCUGAUGAAUCCAAAAUUAAAGUGAAACAGGAAAUGGAAGAUAACACUGAUGAUGAGAAAAAGGAUUUUUCUCCAUCUAAUGGAGACUUCUCAGAAUAUGAACGUCAAAUACAGAAGAAUCUAGAAGCCAGAGCAAAGUUCAUGACUUCUUUAGAUAUAUUUUCUGCAAAGGAAAACCUUUUGGAACUUAGUCCCAAGACUCCAAAAUCAGUCAAAAAGGAGUACAGAGGGAUUGCAAGAGAACGAAAAACUCCUCCAGAGCCGCAAGAAAUCCGCAGAAGUCUGAGGCAACGAAACAUGACUCCAGAUGGAGCCAAUUUACCCUUGCCUUCAGAUAGGGAAGUGGCCAAAGCAGAAUCUCAGUACGUGGAAGAAAGACCACGACCUUCUCCAGGUCCAGCUCCACUGAUAGAUUACUAUGAAAAGAGUCAUAAAGAGGAAUGUGAAAUAACCGUGAGUGACAUAGCAAAGAUAUCUCAAAGUGCAGGAAAAAGCUCUGUAUGGUCUGGCAGCUUGACAAGUGUAAUGAAGAUCUUGAAGGGAAUGAAGAUUGAUGAGAAUCAUGUAGCAAAAGUUACACCACAACGUACAUUUUCCAUCCAACUCCAUCCGUCAGAACACAAGACACUUCUCCUUAUCGGUGCUAAAUGGGGAGAACUUGGUGUGUGGGACGUUGAAAGAAAAGAUAGUACCGAUGGAGCUUACUAUUUCAACAUACACAGUAGACCUAUUAAUUGCUUAACUGUUCAAAAAUCAAAACCAGAGCAUGUUUACACUACCAGCUAUGAUGGAAGUCUUCGAAGAACUGAUUUAUCUUCAGGAAUAGUGGAGGAGGUGUAUAGCUACUGCAAGUCUGGAGAAGCUGGGCGUCUUUGGACCUCGUGGCAUGCACAGCGAGAUGAAAAUUGUGUGCUAGUUGCAGGAAGUAAUGGAGAUGUAGUUCAUUGUGAUUUGCGUGAUGUACCAGGAACUUCGGAGAGUAUUUAUGUCCAUGAUAAGUCAGUAAAAGUUGUUACUGUCCACCCAACUCAGAAUCACUACUUUGCCACAUCUUCACUAGGGUUUGUAAGGUUGUGGGAUUUGAGAAAACAAAAGAAAAACCAACCCAUUUCUGAAGUGAUACAUGGAAAAGUGGUUUCAGGCUUGGAGUUCUCACCUGUCACGGGAACACGCUUGGUAUCAACUAGUGGAGACAAUAAUUUACGAGUAAUUUCGUGUGACUUAACGAAUCUAAGUGUCGCAAAGAAGUUUCAUCAUGAUAACUACACUGGACGAUGGUUGACAACUUUCCGGGCUAGAUUUUUCCCAGGCCGUGAAGAUUUGAUCAUUGUUGGCUCCUUAAAACAACCUCGAAGGAUUGAAGUGUUUGAUGUAGAAGGAAGACUGCAGCAUGAAUUAAUGGGAGAACACUUUGGUUCUGUAGCUAGCAUAACUGCUGUGCAUCCAACACUGCCCAUAAUUGCGGGAGCAAAUUCUUCAGGGAAGGCUUUUGUCUUCAAGUCAGAUGUAUAACUAGAAAGCGAUUGUAAUUAUUUAAUCUCUGACCAUUACAAGCCUACUUUUCAGACCGAGUUAAAUGCUUGUGUUUGGUUGUCUUUACUGAAUAUGUUAUAUUUGUUGCUGGUUAUAUAUCCAGACUGCAUCAGUAUUAUAUAUUUUACAACUAAGUUUUAAGUAUUUUUUUUAUAACAGAUGAGAGCAUAUCUGUCAAUUGUUUUCAUGUAUAUUUUAACAGCUGUGAGGUGAAAGACUGUCAGCUGGCAAAGUGUCAUAUUGCCUCUAUCUUUCUAGCUAUACCAAAUUCAUGGUUUAAAAAAAAAAAAAUCAUCCUGGGAGCUAUAUUUUAGCUAAAGUAGUUUCAUAUUUGUUUGGCUUAAAUCUUAGGGAUUUUUGCUUAUCAUUAUAAAAAAUUAGGGAACGUUCAUUCUCGACACACAUUCCAAAUAUAAAUGGGUUAUGUUAUUUGCUACAGGAAGGUGGCAAUUGGUUUUGGCAGCUUUUGUUGUUUUAUGUUGCUGUCUGGUAGAAUACUAGUUAUGAUUGUGUUUAAUACUUGUGAAUCCUUUACUUGCCAUGAAUAGUUAAGAUGGUCCCAGUAAAACAUAAUGCUGUAUAUAAUAAGGUUUUUUUAAUUUGUAGUCUUUUUGAAUGUAUAUAUGGAUAUAAUUCAAGUAAAUGAUUUGAUGUUAAAUGUACAGUGCACUGACAUAAUUGAAGCACAGAACAUUUUAAUCUAGGUAGCUUAACCUUUUGAGAUUCCUGGGGUUGAAGGAUUCCUAGACUUGUUUUCCUUAAAACAUGCUUCUGCCUUACUAAUUAUGAGUACAGAGAUAAUUUUCUCAUAGUGCUUAUUGUGCAUUUAUUUUUUGCAACAGGAUGUUGGUUUUGGUCUAAUUUCAAAGAUGAAUAAUUGUACUUGAUUGUAGUACAUAUUUAAAAAUGUCAUAAAAGAAAUUAAGUAAUUGGAAGUUGAAAGAACACUAGGUCUACCCAAUAGUAACCAAAGUAGGGCCAUCACUUUAUCAUUAAAAAUUACCAAUAAUAAAAAAAAAAAUCAUGAAUUGAUACAGAACAGAUGAGAAUGCACUCACUCAUAUUUAUACUCUACUGAAUUCUAACUAUAUAUAAACAAUGUAGAUGAUGUAUUUAAAAACAUAUUGACUUGCAUAUGUAUAAACAUUGAAAGUGAAUGUAGGAUGCAUAAUAAUCUUUACCAAAAAAAUGAUUUGUAGUGUUUGUAUGAAAAGCUGUAGAGAACUUUCCUGUAAUGUAAUUAUUCAUUAAGAGUUGCAGCAAAUGUUCUGUCCAUUUACAAGGUAAUUUGUAGAUUGCAAUUUUUUUUUACUCAUAGCUUACUGCUUUGACAUCACAGUUUUAAUGAGUAAAUGUAAAUGAGGAUUAUAGUUGCAUAAUAUUUAUAAUGAAUAGGAAUGCAACCAAAAGAUGACUAAUUUGCUAAGCAUAGUCAGAGCCUGAGGAGAAGGCCAUGACACUCCCCUCCCCCUUGGGAUUUAUCUGGCGUGGGUAGAUAUAGUAUUCUUUGUUCCUUCAUGUGAUAUUCUUUAUACCUUCAUAUAAUACAAGCAAUUCAUGGAAGGUAGCCACGAACAUAAAUACAGUAUCUGCUUUUUAUAUAAGUUAAAAAAAAAAAUGUUUAGAUUCUUGAUACUCAGAGAACAUGGAAAAUUUGCAUUCAUUUGAUAUGUUUUACUGUUUUUAUGCUAAUAAUUAGUAUGUGUUAUCAUGAAAGGAAAUACUGUACAUAUACAGUUCUGAAAAAUAUGUAGUUUUUUAUCUUGUUUAUAACUAGUUUAUUGGUGAUUUUCUUUAAACAGCCAGGACUUUCUUAAGAGGUCAGGUUAAAUCAUCCAGCUUUGCAGAUGGCAUCCAAAUACCAUACUACCCACCGUCAUAAUGUUUAUGGUCAGUUUAUCUGAAGUGUUUGCGGAUGAUUUAAUGCCAUCAGAAUCUCAAGAGAGAAAAUUUGUUUUUGGCUUUGAAUGCCAUUGGAAUCUUAAAAGGGUAAGAUUUGAAGAGCAUCUUACUCUUUUUCAUGAGCUUUUGAAAAAGAAUAUGAAUUUUGUUUUGAACAAAUCUUAAGAAUAUCAAUAUGGGUUAGAUGUAAAUUAGACUUAAGUGUUAUGUUUCAGUAUAUAAGUGAAAUGACUUUAGAGUUUUUAGUAGUCAUUAUGGACAUAAUUCGAAAUGCUACCUAAAUAUUUUUAUACAAGUGUGUUCAGCGUGGUAAUGUUUGUGUUGAAACAAAUUACGGUAUUAGUAUUGUAUCGUGCAUGAAAGAAAAAAAAGACUAGGUUAAGGUAUAUCCAAUUGUUACAGUAUUUCCUCUCUCACUAUUUUAUAGCCAUUUCUGUGUUUUGUGUAAAGUAGCCAAACUUUUUAUAGUCAAAAAAAAAGUAAAGAAGGUAUUACGUAAAAUAUUUUGAGAAAUUGACAAAUCUGCUGAUUCUCACUGAUGUCACUGAAACUAUGAAGAUUAUAACUUGUCUGUGAGAACAUGUUUCUCCAUUAUGUUAAGCUGUAUACCUAGGUACUGUAAUGUAGCCUAAUUUCACAAUUGAUAAAAUUUUGGAAUUAUAACCAUCUCUGGAGUAUAUAAAUGUAGUGCUGUUCUGUAGAAAUUUACUGUCAAAUAUUUGAAAUGGAUUCUAACUACAAGGAAAUUUUAUAAUAUUUCUGUUAACCUUUUUGUAAAAAAUACUUAGAGUAAAAUGUUUAUUUUUAAAA